AUGAGUAAUUUAUCUAAUCCUAAUUGGAAUGAGAACCCUAAUGGAAGCAAACUAGGAAAUCCACCAGCUCCACGUCAAGCGUCAAUUACAAGCAAUCCAUCAAAUUCUAAUAUUAUGCCACCUACACCUGGGUCUACAGGUCCACAUCAUCCAAUGCCACCACAUUUUGCUACUGAUUAUUCAAGAAAUGUUCCAGUUCCAGGCCCUGGUGUUCCUCCAUUCCCACUACAACAAAACCAACGAGCUUAUCUACCGAAUGCGGCAUACACAAUGCAGCAAAGUCGCGAAAAGCUACAGCCAGGACAAGCUCCACUCCCGCAACAGCAACAACAGCAACAGCCAAUGUAUCAUCAGUAUCCACCUCAACCUAUGGGAUAUCUUGCUGCAGAUAUGUAUAAUAAUCCUCAACAACAAGAGUAUCAGCAAAUGAAUCAUUUACAAAAUCAACAAUAUAAUUUGCAGCAACGUCAACAACAACAACAAGAACCAUCUCAAACUUCUAACCAAAAAGGAAAACAGCAGCAACCACAACAACAACAACUCCUGCCACAACAUCCACAGACAGGAGCACCUGUUCCUGUUCAACAAUAUCCUGUUGCCCCUGAAUACAAUGCGGCUUACCAAAGCCAGCCAUCAAUAUCAGGUCCACCAGAUCAUCAUCAACCUCAACAACAUCAAGUACAAGGUCCUCCGCCUCAACAUUGGGAAGGUUACCCUCCACAACCACAACAUGGACCAAUUGAUUCUCAAGUUCCUCCUGGUCAACUACAGCAACAACCAUCCCGUCAGUUUCCACCUACAGGUCAACCACCUCAUGAAGAGAAGAAGAGAGGUAGAAAACCAAAGUCAAGAAAGGCUUCGGAUUCAGGUAUAAAUACUAGUCAUCAAUUAGGGGGUCAAGUACGAUCAACAUCCGUUGGUGGUACUGGAAAACCUGUUACAAAGAGAUCACGUAUGGGAUGUUUGACAUGUCGUCAACGGAAAAAGAGAUGUUGUGAAACGAGACCAAAAUGUACUGAAUGUGCACGUCUUCGGCUCAAUUGUGUCUGGCCAAAACCGGGAACAGAACAUAAGAAUAAACCAAAAGAUCAGAAGGAAGAUGAAAAUACAAUUGAACAUGCAGAGUUUGGUCGAAUCAAAGUGUUGAGAGGUAUUGUUGAAUACCGAAGCAAAUGA